AUGGAUUCUGACGGUGCUUCCCAAGUGGUCACUGCAUUGGGUGUAAUUUAUGAUCCCAAAUCUAACAAUCAACAGCGCUUAGAAGCCCAGAAAUUUCUGGAUGACGUUAAAUCUAAAGAAGAAUCGCCGUACUGGGGGUACCAAAUUGCAUUAAACAAUCCCACAGAUUUUAUUUUAAAACAUUUUGGGUUAGGUCUAUUGGCAGAUGCCAUAAAGAAAAAAUGGAAUGAUUACGACGAAGAUAAAAGAUUAGCACUUAGGAAAUGGAUAAUGGAAUUAAACUACAGAGUUUUAAACACUGAUCCGAGAUACAUCAAACAAAAGCUGGCAUUUCUCUGGGUGGAGAUCACAAAGAGAACUUGGGGUGAAGCAUUAAAGGAGGAAUCACCAAGUGAACAGGAACUCUUAAACUCUUGGGCUGAUAUGGAUAGUAAUCUAACCGAAUUAUGGAAUAUUAGUGAAGCAUCUAGAGAACUGACUCUACUAAUCUUCAAGAUUCUUUUUGAAGAUGUUUUCCUAUUGGUAGAUUUAACUGUUUUGAAAAGAAUGACAGUAAUACAGCCACUCUGCGUUAUGAUCGUCUGUCCGAUGGACGUAUUUGCCACUAAAUACAAAUUUACCGAAAAAUGGACCCUUUUCAAAGCAAAUAGAGAAGGUUGGUUUGCACUUUGGGUCUCUGAAUUAAAUGAAGCAUUGAUACAAAACAACUCUAGUUAUGUGGUCAGACUUUUGGAGACAUUGAAAACUUGUUUGAAUUGGCCAUUGAGUGAAGUGAUCAUUGAAAAUGAUAUUUUUAGCACAUCUUUACAAUGCUUUUUGUCCAAUAUCCCAGAGGCCCAAUCGAUGGCUUUAGACUCUAUGCAUAUCUUACUUACUCGACCUUACAGUAAUGAUGAACAUUAUCAGGCCGUUAUUGACAAAGUUUUCAAUAGUAUGGAUCUUUUAGAAAGAGUAUAUGACUAUUUACAAUUCGAUCCAAAGGAGGGAAUCGAUGAAGUAAAAUACCCAAUUGUUAAGAAAUGUGUCGAUAUGAUUAGUUGUCUCUACGUUUGCGUUUUCAAAAUUAAGGACAACAAUCAACAAAUUGAAAAAUAUCUAAGAUUGGUACUCAAGGCAACUUUCCAUCCAAGUUUAAUAGUAAGUGGACUAACACUAGACCUAUGGUGUUCCUGUUUAAGAAAUGACGAUUUCUUGCCAUUGUUGGACAGAUAUGUUAUGAGCGAUCUUUUGCAAUUUGCUGCAGAUGCACUGAUUUAUUACGAACAAAUAGAAGGUCAUGUUUCCAAAAAUUUUGUUGAUAUCGAUUUCCAAUCCAAUUCUGAAUUCCAAAAUUUCUGCUCCACCUAUAGAAAAAGAAUAAGAGAUAUCAUUCGAUUAAUAUCAUGUGUGAAAUUGGAUUACACCUACGAUUGGCUCAAUAACAGAUUAAACAGUUUUUUCAGUUCACCGUACGGUCAAGAAGUAUUAAAUUCUACAUUCUUGGACCGUAAGGGUGAGCCAUAUUUGAGCGCUUUAUCACAAUUCAUGAUUAUUGAGUGUUUCAUUAAUGGUUGUAUACGAUGGAAAAUCUGGUAUCCAAGUGGUUCAGAUUAUUCGGAAAAAUUGGAUGGUAUUCUAACAAAAUUAGAAAUUUUAUCUAACCAGUUAAUUGCCCUUAACAUUAGAGAACCUCUUUUGCUCAAGAAGCAAAUUCAAAAUUUUGCAUUAUUCCUAACGAUGUUAAAAGACAAUGUGCUUUUCACACUAUUGGAAAAGAUUAUAACUAGUGCUACGAUGGAAUAUCCUGAAAUUGAUUUGGAGGAACGUAGUGCAGAGGCGGAUGCCGUUAGGGACUUAAGAUACGCAUGCGGUAUUGAACUAAAUCGAAUGGCACUGUUGAUGCCCGAAUCAUUGAUGGCAAUCUUCCCAGAUUUGGAGAACGUCGUAGCGAAGAUUCUACCCAACCUAUCGUAUCAUGAAAGGAUAUCAUUUAAAUCAUUCCUUUUGACCAUCGUCUUAAAAUCUUCAUUGGAUAGGAAACAGGAAAGAUUUUCUGCGAUAGUAGAUUCUGAGCUAAUGGCUUGGUCAGAUCAAACCACGGUUGUGGGUCUUUCGGAAUUGCCCUGGUUCAUGGAGAGAUUAGGUAUUGUACAAAUCGCAGAAUAUUUCCAAAGACAUAACAUUAAUGAAACGAGUGAUUUGUUAUCUAUUCCAAUCGAUGAUGAAGGUAAAAGGUUAAAAUUCGAUCUUACCAAGAGAUGGCAGGCAUUGUUCCCCGUACGUGCUACCAGGAUGUUUAUUCACUAUUCAAUGCAAAGUGUAAAGAAAGAUGAUGAAUUUAAAAUGUUGCAAGACAUUUGGCGUCCUCGAAUUGUUCCUAUUCUUCCUUAUAUUAUGAGACUCUUAUACCAGUUACAAGCCUACCAUGAUCCAGCCAAUUGGUCACAACUACCUAUCGUGGUUCAAUCAUUCGUAAAAUAUUCUACAAUUGAAAGGUUUUGGGAAGCAGGUGCAUCUAACAAAUCUAAGGAUGAAUUCAUCGAUGAACACAUGAGGGCCAUGCAAACUUUGAGAGAUUUUGCUGAUUCAGUAGGUCACAUAGUAAGAUACACUAGGGAAUACACUUUAUUGGUGAUAAAUGCUAUAUCAUCCUUGGGAAGCGUUUUCUUUGACAUCGAUGAGGCACCACACUUAUUGAUAGACUCUAUUGCAAUUUUCAAACCAGAUACCAAUGAGAUCAGUCCGGGAGUUUCUACACACGGUUGGAAACAUAUAAUGAAUGUGGCCAUUCGUCCACUUUUGAAAAAUUGCCCCGAGGAAUGUAUUCCCAAGUUUAUGUCAGCAUUCUUACCUAAGUUGUUCGAAACUUUAGACCUACUUUUAUGUCAAAAAUGGUCACUUUAUAUGAAUGAUAUCGAUGUGAAUCCCAUCCCAAUGGAUGACGAAGAGAUGACUGAAGACAUUUUAGAAGAAAAUCUAUUGAGACAAUUGACUACAGUUGUGGUUCGUAUAAUGGUCGAUUGCGUAGGACAAGCAAGCACCAAUCCUCAAACCUCUAAACCGAAAUUUACAUCUCAUCAGUUAAACAUGAGAAGUACCAUCUUUGGUAAUUUGAACGUACUAGCACCGUUUUUAAAACUUUUGAACCAUCUAAUGUCCUUUAGGGAUAGUAAAUGUUCAUUUAAUGCCAUCCUGGUGAUGAAAUGUUGUUUGAACGAUGUGCUUGUAAGAGAGGAUAGUGUGGAUGAAUUCUUUACGGUGGAAGUGAUGAAGAACUUGCUUUUGAAUGUUCUAUGUCAGAGUUCAUUCAAGGAUUCAUUCUAUGAAGCCUUGAACGUUUUUACUGUACUUUUCCUCACUCUCUGCAAGGAAUACAAACCUGCUAGAGCUUACUUAUACGAAAUAUCCCAUGGUUAUGAUAUCGAUGCUCUUUAUGAUCAAUUGAGAAGUGUAGAUCAUUACAGAAACCAAAGGGCGUUGAUGAUCGAAUUCAUUGACUGGAUCAAGACGGCAAAUGGUAAUAAUGACGACGAGGAUAGUGAAAAUUCUCCCGAACAUAAGCGUCAAGAAAGAAGGGCAGCUAUUCUACAAAGAGCAAAUGAAAGACUUGUCAAAAAGAAUAAAGAUGCUGGAGAUAUCCUUGAUGAUCCAAAUACUGAAGAUGCAGCAUUUGGUAACUUGUUUGGUUCAUCAUGA